AUGUCUAGCCCGAUCCGAGAUGGCUCUCCAAAUGGCCAUCCGUCACCCGGAUCGGUCUCUAGCUCCCCCCAACCCGUUAAUCACCGCAGGAGCGAUAGCGAGCUCUCCGAUACACAAAAUGCCGGUGCCUCUCUUGCCGCGUCGCCGUCCCCCGACCCGGAAGAUUCGACCGUGUACGCGAACGGCGGUCACGACUUCGCCGAGAGCAGUAGCUCUACCGAUGAGAACAAUGCAUCCGAUGAUGCCGACUUUGAUAUGGAUGAUGAAGCAGACGAUGAUCUUGCUACUGCGCAAAGUGACGGCGCUGGUGACGCGAGGUCGAGCUCCAAGAGCUCCAAUAGCUCCUCCAGGCCUGCCAAGCGUAAGGCUGCCGUUGAGGAAGACGCCUAUAUCAAGGCCAAUCCAGAGCUAUAUGGCCUGAGGAGAAGUGGACGGCCAACCCAACAACGAAAAAUCAUUGAGUCAGACGAUGAAAGCGACUCUGAUAUUGUGCCCGCUAACCGAAGAGGUGCGAAACGACGUCGCGUAGAGACAUCUCAACGAUCUUCCAAACGUACUACACCCGCGCAACAAGCGUCUUUCAAUGAUUCCGACUCGGAUACCUACGGGGGAGCCCGCGCAAAACUCUUCCGAAAGAAGGCCCGUCGUCAACGGGAAGCCGAACCAUCGUCGCUUCUCGUCGAGAAGCGUUGGUCGAGCCGUCGAGCCGCCCAGAUUCAGCAAGGCGCCUACGAAGAAAGCGAUGCCGAAGAGGAAGACGAAGAGCCCGCUCAAUACUACUAUACGGAGGUAGAUAACUCUCCCUACAUCGACAAGGUGCUGCGGCACCGGCUGAAAGACGACCUCGAACUUGACGAGAACGUUACUCGAAAUGACUUCGAGUACUUCAUCAAAUGGCAGGGCAGAUCUCAUCUACACGAUACGUGGGAGGACCUUGACACUCUACGCAACACACGUGGCUACAGGAAAGUGGAGAACUAUUACAGGGUGGUUGUUGAGAACGAGCUAUAUAUCCGCUUCGGAUACGAUGUGCCGCCAGAGACGAAGGAGCAGUUCUUCCUUGACCGUGAGCGUGCUGAAGAGGCCCUCGCGGACUACACCAAGGUAGACAGAGUCGUCGCUGUCCGAGAUGGCGAGGAGGAGACCGAGUAUCUCAUCAAGUGGAAAGGCUGCUACUAUGACGAGUGCACCUGGGAGGCCGCCUCCGCCAUCAGCCAAGACUUCCAGGAGAAGAUAGAUCAGUUCCUGGACCGCUCCUCCCGUCAGUGGGUCUCUGACCGGAAGGAAACGAAUCCGGAUACUCGAAGCCGGAUGACCAAGCUCGAGUCGCAACCCGAGUACAUCCAGGGCGGCGAGUUGCGAAGCUUUCAGCUCAGAGGCCUCAACUUCCUUUGCCUCAACUGGACCCGUGCGAACAACGUCAUCCUAGCUGACGAAAUGGGCUUGGGCAAAACCGUGCAGAGCGUCUCGUUUCUCAGUUGGCUUCGUAACUGCCGUGGCCAAGAAGGCCCAUUUCUCAUUGUUGCUCCGCUCAGUGUUAUCCCUGCGUGGGGUGAUACGUUUGACCACUGGUCGCCCGACAUAAACUACGUCGUCUACUUGGGCAACGAAACAGCGCGGCAGACGAUCCGAGAGAAUGAGUUGUUGAUCAACGGCAAUCCGAAGAAGCCCAAGUUCAACGCCCUGAUCACCUCGUAUGAGAUGAUCCUUCAAGAUUGGGCCUUUCUCCAAACCAUCAAGUGGCAAUCACUUCUCGUGGACGAGGCGCACCGUCUGAAGAACCGCGAAUCGCAGCUCUACGCCAAGCUUGUGAGCUUCGGUGUCCCUUCCAAGGUCUUGAUCACCGGAACCCCGAUUCAGAACAACCUGGCCGAGCUGUCGGCCCUGAUGGACUUCCUGAAUCCAGGCCGCGUCGUGAUAGACGAAGACCUGGAGAAUCUUUCCGGUAACGAUACGCAGGAAAAGUUGCAAGAGCUGCACAAGUCGAUUGCUCCGUACAUCCUUCGACGUACAAAGGAGACGGUCGAGUCUGAUCUUCCGCCCAAGACCGAGAAGAUCAUCCGUGUCGAGUUGUCCGACGUUCAACUAGACUACUACAAAAACAUUCUGACUCGGAACUAUGCUGCCCUCUCGGACGCGACCGGUCAGAAGAGCUCUCUGUUGAACAUCAUGAUGGAGCUCAAGAAAGUCAGCAACCACCCUUAUAUGUUUCCCGGCGCCGAAGACCGGGUUCUGGCUGGCAGUACGCGUCGCGAAGACCAGAUCAAGGGAUUGAUCACGAGCAGUGGUAAAAUGAUGCUUCUCGAUCAGCUGCUGACGAAGCUGAAGAAGGACGGCCAUCGCGUCCUCGUCUUCAGCCAGAUGGUCAAAAUGCUGGACAUCCUCGGCGACUAUCUCGCCCUCAGAGGCUACAAGUUCCAACGCCUAGAUGGCACCAUCGCGGCCGGCCCACGUCGCAUGGCAAUCAAUCAUUUCAACGCCGAAGACAGCGACGACUUUUGCUUUCUCCUGUCUACCCGUGCGGGUGGCCUGGGCAUCAACCUCAUGACGGCCGAUACCGUCAUCAUCUUCGACUCGGAUUGGAAUCCGCAGGCCGACUUGCAAGCCAUGGGUCGGGCUCACCGUAUUGGUCAGAAGAAGCCCGUCAGCAUCUACCGGCUGGUUUCCAAAGAAACGGUCGAGGAGGAAGUGCUCGAACGAGCACGCAACAAGCUCCUUCUGGAAUAUCUCACAAUCCAGGCUGGUGUCACCGAUGAUGGCAAGGCAUUCCGAGAAGAGUUUAGUAAGAAGGGCUUGAGGAUGGAUGGCCCGAACUCGGCGGAGGACAUUCAGUGGGUUCUCAAAAUGCGUUCCCAAAAGAUGUUCGAGCAGGUUGGAAACCAGGAACGUUUGGAGCAGCUCGACAUCGACUCGAUAUUGGAGAAUGCCGAAGUCACGAAAACGAAGGUUGACGACAAGAUCAAUCUCAGCAGCGGUGGUAUCGACUGGGACAACUUCAUGCAGUACACAGACGUCAAGGUCGAUGACCUUAACCUUGACUGGGACCAAAUCAUUCCCGCCGAGGAACUGGCCAACAUCAAGCGUGAGGACGAAAAGAAACAGCACGACGACUACCUGGCCAAGGUUGCUGCCGAAAGCGCACCUCGCCGGGCGGCCACGAAACACCGCGACACAGAGUCCGAGCGCGCCGACCGCCUGGCGAAGAAGCGGCAAAGAGAGGAGCAGCUGCGCAAGGAAGAAGAGGAGAAACGUGCGUUGUUGUCAGAUCCUCGCCGGCCUCUGACCGAGAAGGAAACGAGGAAUCUCCUCAAAGCUUUCUUCAGGUUCGGCGCCGUGGAGGACCGGGGCGACGAAAUCGUCCAGGAGGCGCGCCUGAGCGAUAGGGACCGCGAUUUCCUAAAGUCCAUCAUUGACGACUUUGUCAAAGCGUGCGACCGGGCCCUCGAGGAGAAUAAUGCCAGACUACGGGAGGACGAGCGGAAGCUCGGCAAGACACUCACGAAAAAGGACAAGAAGGCAGUGCUGGUCGACUUUGGCGAGGUUCGCAAGAUGAAUGCCGAGACGGCCAUAGAGCGGCCGAAGCAGCUUCGUUUGCUCCGCCAGGUGCUGCAAAAGAGCGACGACUGGAAAAAGUUUCGCCUUCCGGACGCGUCCAAGGCAGCGCACUACUCCUGUGAAUGGGGCGCCAAGGAAGAUGCCAUGCUCCUUGUCGGUCUCAACCGCUACGGGUUCGGAGCUUGGACGCAGGUCCGGGAUGAUCCCGAGCUAGAACUGCAGGACAAGUUAUUCCUAGAGGAGCACCGUGUCGAGAAGAAGGAGGAGCGAAGCAAGGCGACUGACAAGGGCAUCAACUCCCCCGGCGCCGUCCAUCUUGUUCGUCGUUCCGAAUACCUGCUUUCCGUCUUGCAAUCCAAGUACUCCGCAGACGCGGCUGCCCAGAAGGCAGUGGAGAACCACCAUCGGAACAACAAGAAGCACAUGUCGAACGGACACCGCCGGAGUAUGGAGGGUAGCGCUGCGGCUUCUCCCGGCGCUCCGGCCACGAAGAAGAGCUCUCAUAAUCGAGACAGAGAGCGCGACCAUCACCAGUCACGAAGCAACGCUGACGAGCGGGGCACACCGAGACCGGAUUCUAAGCGAAAGCAUUCGGGAUAUGACGAGGGUCGUAUUCCCAAGCAUCGACGGACGGAUGAUGAUCGCCGCGCGAGGAGCUAUAGCGACAGCCGAGCGUCCCCCAGGCCGGAGAAGAGACGGCAUCGUGACGACGACGAUCGGAGCAGCAGCCAUAAGCAUCGGCGUGCUGAUGACGCGCGUCCCAAGGAGGAUCGUCGUGACAGUCAGGGGAAUCAAGAAGAGCGCGAACGCCGGAAUCAGGCGCUAGCCCGCUUGGCCGAGCUCCGUCGCAUGGGCGACAGCAGCGAACAGAGGGAGAAGGAUCCCGACGCGAUGCUCUGGUAUCUUCUGAAACCCGUGCGCGAAAACUUUGAGAAGAUCCUCGGCACUACCAAGGAUAAAGUCCGAUCCAGCAAGGAACGUGCCAAGAUCUUUGGUGCAGAACUCGUCAUUAUCGGCGACUUUUUAGACCGCGAGUUUGUCCGAGAUUCCGAUGUAUCACUUAAGAACCGUUUCUGGGAAUUCUUGGCAAAUCUAUGGCCAGUCGACAGUACGAGCAAUCCCGUCACGGCCGACCGGCUCAGCUAUUUAUACAGGACCAUUCGAGACAGGGAGAGGAAGUUACAGCAGGAACAGGCAGCGAAGGCCGCUGCUAACGGCACGCCCACCAACUAA